CUAGGAAGGUGCGCAUGGUGAACUACAAAUCCCAGAAACAUUUUCACGUACUGUGUGGUCUGUCGCCAUUGACUGGAACUUGGAAAAGUUCGCAGAAAGACCAGAUUUUGAUUUAUUUUUGAGUGGUGUCUGCGUUUAUCCAUCCGAGAUCCUUAAAUGCGCUGACUGGAAAAACAGGGCUCAAGCGGCCUCCCUUUGUUUCCUCUAAAACCGCUGGGGAAACCAGAGAGCUGCUCGGCCUUUCCAUCUGGCACACAACAGUCUACCCCAAACCAUCUUCACUCUCGAACCACAACACCGUCUAAGGAAAUAGGCAGACACCUCACUGACCACUGUGCGAUGAUUCCAAGGAAUACUUUAACAAAACUCACCUAUGUCGACACAGCAAGCUCAAACCUCAUUGACGUAUCCAACUCAGCUGUAGGUACUCGCAGGGCGUGUAAGCCACAAAGCUUCACUCUCAGACGGAAAUUUAGAGCACAGCAUGGAACAGAGUCUGAUCAGGAACGUGAUCCGCAAACAAUGCCUCAGCGCUUCAACAGACCUAACACAAAACCCAGAGAACAGUCACAGUUGGCACAAGGAGCACCACAGAAGGAGCACUUCGAUCAGAAGUCUCAUUUGGAUUAUGGCAGAAUGCGGCGGAGUCAAAGCACAGACAGAUGUCAGUCCGUGACGGCCGGUGAGGGUCCCAUGUCGUCGGAUAAUGUGUCCACACAGCCACCACUUCCGGGUUUCCGGCCGGUGGAGAAUGAGGGCGGAGAUAACAACAUGGCCGACACAGACCGCAAUCAGUCUGGCCAAGCCAACGCUGACGACAGCGAAGGCGGAUCUCCCGAGGGACGUUUGACAGACGAAGAUGGCGAGGCCGAGGAAGAAUGCUGCUACAAUUUCCCGGAUAGCUUGUUGAGCACGGGUUCCGUGGGCUGGUUCAUUGUGUGCAUCAUUCUGCUCACCAUGGUCGUCAGCAUAGCGGUGACCAUCACCGACAAGAGCCUCUGCUUCUACCCGCUGCCCGUGUAUCUGAAAGGAUGGGGAGGAGGUACUGGUGCAGGGGCCGGAGAUUCUGAGAUAGCUGGUGAUGGUUGCGGGGGUUAUGGAGAUGAUAACAGAGCUGGCUGUUUCGGGGAUAGCGGAGAUGCUAAGAGAACAGAUGGUUACGGGGGCAAUGGAGAUGAUGACGGUUACAGCGGAAGUGCUGGUGGUCGGCAAGGCCUCGGCGGAAGUGCUGAUGGCUACAACUACAAAGACCGAGGCGGAAGUACUGGUGGAUAUAGAGGUCACGGUAGAAGUGCUGGCGGCGCUGGUAAUGGUGGACCUUUUGGUUACGAUUACGAUACCAGGCCAGAUAAAACUCAUGGCUGGCGGAGUCAAAGGCCAUGGCAGACGCGGAAAGCGCCUAAGUGCAGAAAUGGGUAGAGGCUCAGCCCUUGCCGGAAAUAUUGGAAAAGCAAAAAAAUAUAAAAUAUAACGUAUAUGAUCUCUACAGAUGUGACCAACUGAUUAAUUGAGCACCCAUGGAGCUGUGUUAAUGGGCGUAUACCGCUACAAUUAACACAUUAUUUUAUUCUUCCGAUUCCCCACUGUCCAUUUGAAGCUUAGUGAACAAAAGAACAGAUAGUUGAAUAAUUAAUGCUAACAAAUUACCAUCAAAUAAACCAUUAGGAAAAAAAAGCGCCUGUGUCGUAGUAAUAAGCGCAAACAUCCCCCC